AUGCUGUCCGGCACGGCAAACAGCGACCAGAACGGGCGCGAUUCCAAUGCGCAGCAGCACACCUUGACGUUCUCAGAGUCCGUUAAGUGCUGCAGCUUGUUGCAGAGUGCUCUGCACUCACUGAGCUUUGUCAGGGUGCAUGACGUGGUCAAAGUGCUGGCGCCGAGCGCUCGUGGUGGCUACUACUCCUUGGCCGAACGGCGAAGAGCACUGAACGGGACGUACACCUCCAUCAUGGCUCCUUGA